CUUUCAUCAUCACCACUAUGCGCCCUGCCUUGCGACAGGCGAGAAGGCUUUUACAAUAUGAUGUAUAUGCGUCUCAAGCUUCUAUUCCGGCUUUUCUUUGCCCGGCACUCCUGCGAGCCGCCGUAACUCCUGGUGAUCCCAAUGCACAGAAAUCCCCACCGAGUUUUCCAACUUUCAGACACGCCAGUCAGCAGGCGUCGGACAUAUAUCAUAGCCAAUCAAACAACAACCAUUCAUCCCCAGGUCCUUCCCGCCGAGCCCUUCCAAUUUCAUGUCCAGGAUGCGGAGCGCCCACCCAGGCCAUUGACAAGAGCGAAGCUGGAUACUACAACAUAGACAGAAAUGCCGUCAAGGCCUAUCUCAACCACGACCCCACCAAGAAGCAAGGGCAAGAGAAAGAAGACGAUGUGUACACGAGAGCCUUGCAAGCAAACCCUGCCCUGCUUGAAGAAAUAGGCCUUGACAAGGACCUCUUGAGCCCUUUCCCCGAAGCCGCAGAAAGCGUGCCUGACACCCCGGUAUGCGAUCGCUGUCAUAACCUGAUCCACCACCAUACUGGCACUCCUAUCCACCACCCCUCCAUCGCCUCGAUCCACGAGACCAUCGCUGAAUCGCCGCACAAACGCAAUCACAUCUACCAUGUCCUCGAUGCCGCCGAUUUCCCACUUUCUCUCAUUCCAAACCUACAGACUUCGCUUCGUCUGCCGACACUGAGGACACAGAAUCGUAGGGCGAGGCACAAAGGAUGGGUUUCUGGGGACAGAAUUGCAGAAGUCAGUUUCAUCAUCACUAGGGCGGAUCUCCUGGCACCAUUGAAGGAGCAAGUAGAUCGCUUGAUGCCAUAUAUGCAGCAAGUCCUGCGCAGAGCACUUGGUAGAGUGAACAAGAACGCGCGACUGGGCAAUGUUAGGCUUGUCAGCGCAAAAAGAGGGUGGUGGACGAAGCAGGUCAAAGAAGACAUCUGGGAUCGAGGAGGUGCGGGGUGGAUGGUCGGAAAGGCGAACGUUGGGAAAUCUAAUCUCUUCGAAGCUGUGUUUCCCAAAGGACGAGGGUCCAACUUCCACGACGUAAGGAAGAUCCGUAGUGCUGCAGAACGAGAGCAAAUGCUUGGUGCUGCUAAAUCCCUGGACGAGCUGGUCAAAAUCCAACAACAACUUGCAGAAGAAGACGCAGAGAUCGAGCGCGCGAAGAACCAACCUUCCCAUCUGUCUGAAGAGGCGGAAAUCGAACAGCAUCCGCAAGAAUAUGACCCAGACUCCCUCCUACCACCAGCCCAACCCUACAGCCCUUAUCCCGUGCUCCCUCUCAUAUCGUCCCUCCCCGGCACUACUGCUUCUCCUAUCCGUAUUCCCUUCGGCCGCAACAGAGGCGAGCUCGUCGACCUCCCAGGGCUCGCACGCACAACCCCAGACCUCUCCACCUUUGUACAUCCCUUGCAUCGCCCCUCCCUCAUCAUGAACCACCGCAUCACCGCAUACCGCCACGUCCUCAAACCCGGCCAAUCUCUCAUCCUCGGCGGCGGCCUGAUCCGCAUCACACCCACCACCUCCAACCUCAUCUUCCUUCUCCACCCCUUCGUCCCAAUAGACCCACACGUAACGUCCACAGACAAAGCCACCGCCAUGCAAAACCACCCGCAUUCCUCCGGCGUCCCUUCCAUCCUUUCCCUCUCCCUCGCCCCCGGAACCUUCAAAUCCGCAGGCCGUUUCAAGCUCAAAUGGGACGUCACCAAGAAACUCGCGGGACCACUGACGGACCCUACGGCUGGCAAAAUGAAGCCUGAGAACCUGCCUUUUCGCAUCUGGAGUACGGAUAUUUUGGUCGAAGGGGUGGGAUGGGUGGAAGUCGUUGCGCAGGUAAGGAGACAUCGUGGUUGGAAACCCGUUGGCCAUGUUAAGAAGGACCCGCAUCAUGCGAGGUAUGAGCGCGAGGAUAGAUUGCGGGCGAAGGCGGAGAAGGUGCGGGCGAGGAUUGAAAAAAGGGAAGCUGGGAGCGAGGGAGAUGCUUUUGAUCGAGCUGGGUUGGGGGAGUUGGAGGAUCGGGAGGAGAGCAGGGACGAGGAUGAGGAUGAAGACGAGUAUCCUGAAGUCGAAGUUUUCAGUCCAUUGGGCAAGUUCAUCGGUGCAAGAAUGCCGAUGAGUGCGAGUGUGCUUGGGGGACCGAAGACUACGGGGAAGGUGGGGAGGAAGACGAGACCCAGACGGAGUAUGGUUAGUGUGAAGGCUCAGCGAAAACCAAACGUGUAGGUAGACAUGUAUAUUCUUAGUAGUUGUGUAAAAUGAAUGUUCAGU